AUGAACAACGAGAGCGUCGGCUCGCUCCUGGCCGUCAUCGCGAACUCGAUCAACGAUGGCCUGCGCAUCCUGAUGUUUGCCGACAAGCGGGCCUGGGGCCCCGACGAGUUCGAGCAGCUCCGCCUACUGGAGGAGACCAUCGACGAGGCCAAGAAGGACUUCCAGUCCCUGCCGGCCCUGGUCCACGGGAGGGGCUACUACGAGCAUGACAGGAAAAGUGACUCCCUCGAGGACCUUCGAAUACUGUGCACGCGCUUCGAGCUGCACGCGCAGAACUUCAAGGAGUGGGUGCGAACAGGCGGGCCGAUCAACCCCAUAUGGGCCCGCGAGACGAUAGAGCUCCGCCGCGAGCUGCACAGGGCGCAGUGCCGGGCGGCCCGGCGGAUAUUCAACUCGGAGCAGGAGACAUCGACCCGGUGCCUCGGCGCCUUCCAGGUGUUUCGGGUGCAGAGGGCACCAGAGAACCCGCAGCAGAGGAGUCUGGAGGAGCUCAUGGCGUGCAACCAGACCGGCAAGUUUGAGCGCUUCGGCGACAGGGACAUCGCCUUCGUGUGCGACUUCUGCGACGGCUACAUCGUGUGGGAGGACCUGCGUGAGAUGCCCUCGUCCAGGGCCGCGACCACCGGCGACAUUCCGGAACCGACCAGUGCGACGAGCAUGACGCCAUCGCAGGACACCAACUGGCAGGCGACGGGCUUCAAGAUGUCGGAUGGCGAGGAGAAGGCCGUCGUGUUCGCCCCCGUGGCGAUCGCGAACCACAUGCCCCCGGAGCCGGGCGAGUGGCAGGCCCGGAUCCUGUGCCCGCUCUGCGAGGACUACUACACCGAGGAGCAGGGCGAGGACGACAUGGAUAGGGUCAAAUGGAACCAAGACGAAGGCGGGUACGAGGGCAUGGCCGAGUUUCGGGAACACCUCGAGUGGACACAUGCCCCGGGCGUCCUCGCGACGACGAGCAAUUGCCAGAUCAUGUGA